ACGGCUCCGGGGUCCCGGCAGGAGCCUCGGCGGGGGUGGGGUCCGCGGGAAGGGGCGGAGCCCGGCUCACCCAGGCUAUAAACACGGGCGGGGCGGAGCGCGCAAGCCGCGUGGUGUUAGCAGCGGGACCCCGGGUGCAGGCAGAUUCUGUGGACAAUCACCAUGAGAAGCAAAGGAGGAUUCAUCCUGCACCUGCUCGUCCUGGCUGUCCUCUGCCAUUCAGGUCAUAGCCUGACAUGUUACGACUGUGCUGACAGUGUUGCGUGCAGUAAGACCACCGUUUGUUCGCUUAAUCUUGAUGCGUGUCUUUUGGUCAAAGCCGAGCCAAACCUUUUUUACCACCGCUGUUGGAAGUUUGAUGAUUGCAAUUACAACCUCAUCUCCAAAACCUUAGGGCUGAGGAAGCUCGAGUACAGCUGUUGCCAGCAGGAUCUGUGUAACAGGAACGCCGCGGCCCGGGGCACCAGCAGCACAGCUCUGCUGCUGAUCCCCCUGCUGGCCGCAGCCUGGACCCUUUGUCUCUAAAUCAACACCGGGAGGCCUUCUCCUAAACCGUCCGUUUCUGUAUAUUUCUUAUUUCCUUGGCUGCUGCCUUCCACAUUUUUCACCUGGAUCCCGCUGGGCAAGACUAAAACUAGCUCGAGCCGCGUGGUUAAGAGAGAGACUCCGAGAGACUUUGAAGACCAGUCCCGCCGGCAGCGAAGACCCGUCGGAGGGACAAAAUGUAAGGGUGAAGCAUGCACGAUCUGAGCUAGGUCACAUGCUCCUUCCUCGGCUUUUUGCAAGAGCAGCCUCGCCGUGACAGCUUGAGUACCUUAGAUUCUCUGCAUGCCCUGGUCAUUUCCCCUCCGAUGGCUGGAUGGUAGUUAUUAAAUACUCUGAUCAGUGCUUUCUGGGGUGGGGGGGGUGGGGGGCUGGGGCAGGGGAUUUUUUCAACAGCCUCUCCCAGGGAAUGCCUUCAUCCUCUCCCUUCAUGGCCCCCUGUGCUGCCAUGCAGGCCCGACCAAGCUCCCACGUGUGGGCUGUCGGUCAGGCGAAGUGAGAGUCUCAGCGCAGGGGGAGGGGAGGUCGUGAUUGCAAUGACCUUUGUACUCUCAACUAGCAGGUGUCUGGCAGGGAAGGAGGGGAACUUCCCACACAGCAGGGUAUGGAACCCCCAGGUCUGUCUUCUGAGAGCUAGCAGUUGGCUAAAACCCAAGUUUUCCUCUGUUCCUCAGUUGUGAAUGGGCUUUGCUGUCUUCACUAGAAAAAACAAACAGCAUAUAAUUAUGAUGUGUUAAAACUACCCCCCUAGGGGCGCCUGGGUGGCUCAGUCGGUUUAGCGGCUGCUUUCGGCUCAGGUCAUGAUCCCAGGGUCCUGGGAUCG